UGGGACUUGGGAGGGUUUCAGCCCACCCCUACGGCUCUCUGUCUUUCCUUCCCGGUCCCCAGCAUGCGGCUCUGAACGCCACGACCUCUCUCUCCUUCCUCUCCGCAGAGGCCUGGGUUCAAAGCAAAGGCCUGGGUGAUGCAGACUAAGUAUUAGCAAAGCUUGGAGAAACCCCUGUUGAUGUGAAGACUGAUACCAAUCCUGAAGGUCUGACAGCAGCAUAUGGGAAGUGGGCAUCAGCAGUAGCUGGAAGAUUACAUGCUGGAGGCCUCCCUUGCAAGGUUUUCGACAAGGAUGCAUUUCAAAAGCAGAUGUUAGAAAAGUUGAUAUGGAUAUCAGCAUUCAUGCUUGUGGGAGCUCGUCAUCCAGGGGCAACUGUUGGUGUUGUGGAGAAGGAAUACCGCUCUGAAGUGUCUAGCCUUAUUGUGGAACUCGCUUCUGCAGCAGC